CUGUGCUCCAACGCGAUACAGUACUGUGUCGUUGACAACACCAUGGAGAGUCAGUCGUCUCGACCCAAGAAAACCGACAUCGUUCGCAAACGAACAGGAUGCCAGAAUUGUAAGACCAGGCGAAGAAAGUGCGACGAAACACGCCCUGAGUGCUGCGCCUGCGUCCGCCGGGGCAUUCAAUGCAGUGGUUACGACCGCCCUGUGGCCUUCAAAGAUGUGACCGCCUUAGCCGCUGAAUCAUCACGCAAGUUCGAAGCUGCAAGAUGGUCUGCGCUGCGGCUUGAAGAUGCGCGACGGAAGCGAAGACGAACUGCCGCAGCCGAAGAGCCGUCGUCCCAAGUUCCUCGGUCGGACGUUGCCGUGGGAUCGGCGAUAAGCGCUCAAGCCCCUUCCGCUCCGGUCGUCUUCCCGCCGGGACCGUUCACGACUACCGAGAGCUGGCCGGGAGGCGCCUUUGCCCCUUCUUGGGCUUUAUUCGACAACUUCGGCCUCAACCUCCUCCAAGACAAUUCCAUCGGCGUCGAAUCCACGGAAACGACCGGUUUCGAAGAAUUGUCGACUCCGAUCCCGGGACAAACCCCCUGCGAGACCAUUUCUCCAGACGAUAGCCCGCCCGAAGCCACUUCGCCGACCAAUUGGGACGAGUUUCUCGUUUCGCACGACUCCCCCGCCAACUCAUCUCCAUCCGAUGAAUCUCUUCUGGGUGAACCUACCACCGAUCUCCAGAUUUCACUUCCUUUGGAAGAAUCCCUGGUCAAGCAUUUCGAUACCAACGUUAUUCCCGCUAUUCCCGUCACGCUCGCGUUCUCAAAUCUGUUCCAAAAGAGUUCCUGCUUCCGCGCUGCUGUUCUGGCACUGUCAGCGAGUCAUCUGAAGCUGGCAGAACGUCUACCCCUGGACUUCCACAUGAUCAGGCGGAUCUGCGAUGACAAGAGUGUCUGGGAGUACUACGACUCGGCAGUUCGGAAUCUGCAAAUGCAGCUCCAGCGUACUAACAAAGGCGGCGAAGAGCUGGCGGGCGCUGCCUUACUGUUGGCUUACCACGAACUGGAGGCAGGCACAGCCUUUGGCAUCCUCAACCAUGCCAGUGGCCUUGACGCCAUUGCAUCCAAGAUGGACUUCACGGCCAUGGCGGUGCCCAAUCUGUUCAAAGCGUGGAGGAUGCUUCGCUACGACAUCCGAUUUAUGAUGACACCUACACGGCGAACCUGCAAUCCCGUCGACAACUACGACGCCGCAUGCCUCCUCGACCCUCAACUAGCGAUCAGAGACAUUCUCUCUCGAGUCUAUGGUCUGUACUCACGCCACGCUUUAGAGGCUAGCUUCAAGCCCGGCAAAGACGCAGACGGAUGUAGCGCAUCCGAGAAGGUCGCAAGGUGGCUUUGUUCAUCUCUCGGUCGAAAAUGUGACUUUCGGAAUUUCCAGCGAGGCGAUUUCUACAGAGACGACGUCACGCCGGAGACUAUCCUACAGCAUUGUGACACGUUCUCGCAACGUCUUGACGCUUGGCAUCAGUCGCUUUGCGAUCACGACCUUCCCACAAUGAAGCUCGGCACCGAGGGCGACCUGAUCACCGGACCGACUUUCGAACCAGUUGUCGCCUAUCGCUUCGCUGACGACAGCAAAGCAGUCGACUACCUACUCUACCUCGUCGCGCGUAUGGCGAUCAGCAACCUCCGCUCCGUUUUCGGCACAUCCGUCACCGCAGCCGCGACCGACGCGUUGGCGAAGGCGGUUCUGGGCAUUAUCUGCGGCAUCGACGUGCUGCAGAGACGACAGUUUACGGUGCUCCGAUUCGACGUCAUUCUCAUGUUUGUUGCCACGAUCAGCGAGAGUACGACCUUUGCGAGGACCAUCCUCGACUACCUGAUACCUAAGAUCAUGGGCGCCGGCCUCACCGCGUCGGAGAUCGUGUCGUGGGCGUACUUCAAGUCGUUGAUGGAGCUGUGGCUGAGGGAGAAGCUGCGAGGCAGGGCCCUUAGAUUCAUGCUGACCGGCAUGGACGACGACUCGGACCCUUGCGACAGCGAAAUGGCGGACCAAACACGAUACGGAAUUCGCGACGUUUCCCUAUUUCUUCUCGAUACUGGAUACAAUGUGGCGGACAACGUUUUUGGUAAACCUCCUGGUCACGACUUCGACCUUUUGCUCAAUUCUCCCGACUUGGCUCGCUUACCUGGACUGAGGUUCGACUACAGCAGUUCCGGCAUGGAUACCUUGAUUGCGGGUGCCUUCUGGCAACUGUUAGCAUUCUUUCGUAGGGAUGAAGGAAGCCUCGGGGACCUCCGACACUCGCUUGCUAAGAGACUUCGUCAUUAUUUCACCCAGGUAGUCGACCUCGUUCAAUCUCAUGCCAGCGCCAUGAUCCCAAGGGUCGAUUUCGCGAGGGAGCUGAACGAGGUCUUGCGCUCUGAACCUUAUCAGGUACUCCAUCAGCAGUUUUGGGAAGCUCAGAGAGACCCUCUCAUCUUCCACCUGGCACUGAUCAAGAUCUUCCUCCGAGCGAGAACGGCUUUUCUUGUGAAACCAGUGGUGACCGUGAUCGAGGCGGCCAACACCGAAGUCUGCAUGGGGUUGACCGACGUUCUCGACAACUUGGCGAUAAUUCUGCUGGCAAGAAGGAUCAGGUUCCAGGGGGUUCAGGAGGCAGGCUUCGACAGCAUAGAAGAAGCCGAGAGCUCCCUUUCUGUCAUCGGCGACACCUACAGCAGCGCAGUCCCGACCCCGACGACUUCAACCGCGCCCUCGGAAGAUUUCGACCGCGUGCCCCGACAGGAGACCGAGUGCUCUGGGUCUUCGGCUGCUGGUGACGCAGAGCCCAAGCAGGCAAACCCCGAGUCGCAGGAGGACGAACAAGUCGAGCAGCGCGCAACCGAUCCUAGCACUGUGAUUUUACGGCUGGAGGGAUUCUUGGCGAGUGUCAAGCAAAGCCUCAAGGAACAGCUGUUCACAUCGCAGAAGCAAAACGCAGCAUUAAGAGCAAGGGUCCUGACUCAAGAAAGAGACCUGGCGGCGUGUCGUGUGGCUAAAGAGAGACUGUGGGGGGCUCUUCGCAAGAAGACGAACGAGGAGCUGAGGGAGCAAGGAAUCAUGGGACGAUGGAAUUCUGAAGAUGUGGAUGCUUUUCAUUCUCUGGAGCACGUCGUUGAGGAAGACACCUAA